GCCUGCGGGGCACGGCUCGCCGCCCCGGGGCGGCUCGGGGAGCGGCUCGGGCACCGCCCCCCGCCCCGUUGCCGCGGACGGGCCCGGAGAGCGCCGGGCGCCGGGCCGGAGCCCGCGGCGGGGCCGGGGCGCUGCGCCGGGAGGUUCCAGCGUGAAGAAGCGGCGGAAGAAGGAGAAGCGUGCGCUUCCCGAUGAGGAUGUAGCGGACAUUCAGCACACGGAGGAGUUUUUCAUCAAGCCCGAGUCCCGGGUCGCCCAGCUGGACACGUCUCAGUGGCCCUUGCUGCUGAAGAACUUUGACAAGUUAAACGUGAUGACAGCACACUACACGCCUCUUUCUUCUGGUGCUAAUCCCCUGAAGAGAGAGAUUUCUGACUAUGUUAGGUCUGGCUUUAUUAACCUCGACAAACCUUCCAAUCCAUCUUCCCAUGAGGUGGUUGCAUGGAUCCGACGCAUCCUUCGAGUAGAGAAGACUGGACACAGUGGCACUCUGGAUCCUAAGGUGACUGGAUGCCUCAUUGUGUGCAUUGAGAGGGCAACACGACUGGUCAAAUCUCAGCAGAGUGCAGGCAAAGAGUAUGUGGGAAUUGUUCGGCUGCACAAUGCAAUUGAAAGUGAGGCUCAGCUUGCCAGGGCAAUAGAAACUCUGACAGGUGCACUGUUUCAGCGACCACCCCUCAUUGCUGCUGUCAAACGACAACUGAGAGUCAGAACCAUCUAUGAGAGCAAGCUGGUGGAGUAUGAUCCUGAGAGAAGAUUAGGUAUCUUCUGGGUGAGCUGUGAAGCAGGCACAUAUAUUCGAACACUCUGUGUUCACCUUGGUUUGCUGCUUGGUGUGGGGGGCCAGAUGCAAGAGCUCCGCAGAGUGCGCUCAGGCAUCCUGGGAGAGAAGGACAACAUGGUGACUAUGCACGAUGUACUGGAUGCACAGUGGCAAUACGACAACAACAAGGAUGACAGCUAUCUGCGAAGAGUUAUCCUGCCAUUGGAGAAACUGCUGACUUCCCACAAGCGGCUAGUCAUGAAAGACAGUGCGGUUAAUGCCAUUUGCUAUGGAGCCAAGAUCAUGCUGCCUGGUGUCCUGAGGUACGAAGAUGGUAUUGAGGUUAAUCAGGAGAUUGUUGUCAUCACCACAAAAGGAGAAGCUAUCUGCCUAGCUAUUGCCUUGAUGACCACAGCAGUCAUUUCUACCUGCGACCAUGGUAUUGUUGCAAAGAUCAAGAGAGUGAUCAUGGAGAGAGAUACGUAUCCCCGCAAAUGGGGUCUUGGUCCCAAGGCCAGUCAAAAGAAGAUGAUGAUCCAGAAGGGUCUACUGGACAAGCACGGAAAGCCCAACGAGAGCACACCAGAUUCCUGGAAGAAGGAGUACGUGGAUUACAGGGAUGCUUCCAAGAAAGAGGCAGCUGCUGUUCCCCAAGGUGUUUCAGAGCUGGAGAGGGCUCCAAAAAGGAAGCGAGAGUCGGAGAGUGAAAAUGAGGAGGCUGUGACCCCACCAUCCUCUGCCACCCCACCACCAGAGGAGCUGAGCAAAAAGGAAAAGAAAAAGAAGAAGAAAGAGAAGAAGGCCAAAGAGGCAGCUGAGAGUGGGGGAGAGCAAAUAGAAGUGACCAGUGAGACCAGCACCAAGAAGAAGAAGAAGAAGAAACAAAAGGAGGUAGAAGAGAGCUUGGAGUAAGCGACUGGAUCUGUCCAAAGCAGGAGACCUCGUUGGUAGGGAGGGAGGAGUCUGAGGCCUUGAGAAAAAGAGGACUGGCUGUGUGGCAGAGGGGCCAUCAAGUUCCAAGUUCCUUUUCUGCUGUGUAUAUGAGUGAGUGGGUGUGUUUGCCCAGGAUACGCCCUGUUCCAGUACCCCUCCUCAUCCUGUUUUAAGGGUUGCCAGAGGAGCGGGGUGCCUGACUGCCCCUGCACUGGCUUGCUCUCUAAAGCUGAACACCAUGAUGCCAAUAGAAGUGGUAUCUUCAGGGAAGCUGUAGUUCCUGGCUCUUACUUGGUGUCUCUGUUUUCACCUUCAGAGGGAGGAAUACUGUUUCUCCCCUUUCUUGUCCUGCCUCUUUCUUCCUUUUCUUCCAAGGUUGGAGCUGUUACCUGACAGUCACAGAAUGUGUUGGUGUCUGAAGGACUGGCUUUGUUAUGGCCCAUCUGAAUGGGUUUGGAUGGGGACGGUCAAAUUGGUUAUUUGAAGGGCUCUGGUUUGCUUUAACCUGGCCAUGUGCUUGGUUUGACCCUCAGCUAGAUGAGAUCAAAUAGUCCACCAGAUAUUCUUCAGUACUUUUUUUUUUUAACUUUAUCAUAAAAGGAUUAGAAUGUUAAAUUCCUGCUUUUCACUUUAUAGUGCAGGGACCUGCUUGUUAGUUGUCGGCUGAUCCCCAGACCCAGUGCCCCAGUGACCUUGUCAGUGUGUACCUUUUGCUGGCUCUUUGAUCUUCUCUACCCAGUUGUUGGAAUGGGACCGCAGCGCUUUCGGUUGCCUUCCCUGGUUUUGAUAUCUAAUAUGCUCUGAAGGCUAGAAGUGGGGAUGCUGCUGGGUGGCAGAAGUGAAGUGACCAGAAGGCGGCUGGCCAGUAUGCUGUUCUAAAGGGCUGUUGGGACUGGAGUCCUUGUGAGGAAAAGCUUGGCUAGAGGCAGCUCUGCAAGGGGCACUGGGUGUGGGGCUUGAGCAGUUUCAGAAACACUUGUCCUAAUUUCCUUAUCUGGGGUGGCUCACUGGGGGCAGGAGGCCUCUUCUCUGGCACAGGGGUAGUGCUGAGGCAGGAUUUUAGCCCCUUUUAAUGGGGAAGGAUCCAGGCUGCUUCAUCCCUGCAGAGGUUCUGUAAUGUUUGUCUUAGCCUCGUGCAUUGCUUUUGUCUUAACUGUGUGACUUUUCUCCCAUCCAGUGCUAGACAUACAUGCAGGCAGUGGGGCCAGCAGCUGGUGGCUGUCAGAACCUGAGCAGAAAAAGUCCAUUUUUAUUUACUUUUUUACAUAAAAAUAAAAGCCCUAUUUUUGAA